UGGAGGGUUUGAAGCUGACUGGAAUGAUGAUGAACCAGAGCAAGGAUACCAGUUGCAACGAUUCCUCCUCAGAGGGUCCAAACCCGUGUCCCAUCUGUCUCGGGCCUGUAGUUAAGGACUCCUAUUUGGAUCAAUGUUUCCAUAAAUUUUGCUAUGAUUGCAUUGUACGUUGGACCAAAGUGGUUGCCAGUAAACAUUGUCGCUUGUCUUCCACUAUAAAAUGUCCUUUAUGCAAGACUGAAAAUUUUUCUAUUGUACAUGGAUAUGAUGGGAGUUCUUUUCAACAACAUUACAUUAACCAGGAUUUUGGGAAAAGUUUUUCCUUUUCAAAAGCUCACAAGUAUAGAUUACAGUGCUACUACACUGAACCAGGUAUCUUAAAUGAUAAAUUCAAUGUGUCGCGGUAUUGGAAGUUCCAUAAGUAUCGUCAGCCAAAUCAGUGGCUGCAGGCUUGGUUAAGAAGGGAGAUUCAAGCUCUAAUACAGGAGGAAGAUGUUGACAUUAUUGUGCAUCACAUCCUUGGUGUGCUUGACUCAGUCAUCAAAAGAACCGAGCAAAAAGGUCAGACAAUUACACCUGAAAGAAAACAAGAAGAGUUCAAAGCUUCAGUCUCUGAUGCAGCUAGGCCUUUCCUAACAGGAAGAACAGACCGAUUCGUAAACGAGGUGGAACUAUUUCUUGCAUCAGGUUUAAACAUUGAAGCCUAUGAUGAAGUUUAUCUGCAGCAGUUGGGUUGGACCAACCCUAUGGCAACCACAGAGGGUGUAGAAGAACAGAAUGGACACACACAUGUUGUUCCUUAUUUGUACUUGUUUGACUAUGACUCUGAUGGCACUGAUUGAAACAUUUCCUUGCUAAUGUGGAAGUUGGUCUGAUUUUCUUUUGUGAACUU